AUGGCCGAUAUUGAGGUCUUCGACGGUGCCGUCGGUAUCGAUCUGGGUACUACCUACUCUUGCGUUGCCAACUACGAGGGCACCAAUGUCGAGAUCAUUGCCAACGACCAGGGUGCUUACACCACUCCCUCCUUCGUCUCUUUCACCGACAAGGAGCGUCUGAUUGGUGAUGCCGCCAAGAACCAGGCUGCUAUGAACCCUGCCAACACCAUCUUCGAUAUCAAGCGUCUCAUUGGUCGCCGUUUCGAUGACCCCAUCGUCAAGAAGGAUGUUGAGUCCUGGCCCUUCAAGGUCAUCGACCAGGGUGGCAACCCCGUUGUCCAGGUCGAGUACCUCAACGAGACCAAGACCUUCACUCCCCAGGAGAUCUCCUCCAUGGUCCUCAUGAAGAUGAAGGAAGUUGCCGAGAUCAAGCUCGGCAAGAAGGUUGAGAAGGCCGUUAUCACCGUGCCCGCUUACUUCAACGACAACCAGCGCCAGGCUACCAAGGAUGCCGGUGCCAUUGCUGGUCUUAACGUUCUCCGUAUCAUCAACGAGCCUACCGCUGCCGCUAUCGCCUACGGUCUCGGUGCCGGAAAGUCCGAGAAGGAGCGCAACGUUCUCAUCUACGAUCUCGGUGGUGGUACCUUCGAUGUUUCCCUGCUGAACAUCCAGGGUGGUGUCUUCACUGUCAAGGCCACCGCUGGUGACACUCACCUUGGUGGUCAGGACUUCGACACCAACCUCCUUGAGCACUUCAAGAAGGAGUUCCAGCGCAAGACCGGCAAGGAUCUCUCCGGUGAUGCCCGUGCCCUCCGUCGUCUCCGCACUGCUUGCGAGCGUGCCAAGCGUACCCUUUCCAACGCUACUCAGACCACCGUUGAGAUUGACUCUCUCUUCGACGGUGAGGACCUCAACUCCUCCAUCACCCGUGCCCGUUUCGAGGACCUUAACGCCAAGGCCUUCAACGGUACCCUCGACCCCGUCCAGCAGGUCCUCAAGGACUCUGGCAUGCCUAAGAACAAGGUUGACGAGAUUGUCCUUGUCGGUGGUUCCACCCGUAUUCCCCGUAUCCAGAAGCUCCUGAGCGACUUCUUCGACGGCAAGAAGCUCGAGAAGAGCAUCAACCCCGAUGAGGCUGUUGCCUACGGUGCCGCCGUUCAAGCCGGUAUCCUCUCCGGCAAGGCUACCUCCGCCGAGACCGCUGAUCUCCUCCUCCUCGAUGUUGUUCCCCUCUCCCUUGGUGUCGCCAUGGAGGGUAACAUCUUCGCCCCCGUUGUCAACCGUGGCCAGACCGUCCCCACCAUCAAGAAGCGCACUUUCACCACCGUUGUCGACAACCAGCAGACCGUUCAGUUCCCCGUCUACCAGGGUGAGCGUACCAACUGUGCCGACAACACCUCCCUGGGCGAGUUCACUCUUGCUCCCCUCCCCCCAUGCGCGCCGAAGUCCUCCGGCCGCACUGCCAACAUCACCAUCUCCAACGCCGUCGGCAAGCUCUCCAGCGCCGAGAUCGACCAGAUGGUUUCCGAUGCUGACAAGUUCAAGACCUCCGACGAGGCCUUCACCAAGCGCUUCGAGUCUCGCCAGCAGCUCGAGUCUUACAUCUCCCGUGUUGAGGAGAUUGUCUCCGACCCCAGCAUGUCCAUGAAGCUCAAGCGUGGCAACAAGGAGCGCAUUGAGUCCGCUCUCAGCGACGCCAUGGCUCAGCUCGAGGUUGAGGACUCCUCCCCCGAGGACCUCAAGAAGAAGGAGCUUGCUCUUAAGCGUCUGAUCACCAAGGCCAUGGCCACACGGUAA